AUGUCAGUUGCAAAGGCUAAUGAUGCAGCUCUUGAAAUAUUUGAAGAUACUGGCGAAUCAACUACAAUUAAUGAUCGACUUGAUCUAACUCUUCGUAGACUUCAGUGGAAAGUUAGUGUUCCAUCCGGAACAUAUGUUUUUGCUAUAAAUGAUGGUACUGGUGAAAAGUUUUCUGGAGAAUUUCAGGUUGCUCAGGGAGUUCCUGUAGGUGGUAGUAAUAAAGCUAGUGAU